AGUCCCGACUCCCCAGAAUGCAUCAUAACUAAGAAGCGUAUCCUGGACACCAUGAAAUCGCGCACGAGGAUUGAAUGAAAACACUGGACAGGAUUUACCGGUGAUGGAAUAAAUUUGGCCAGGCUGCUGUUUUGUGCACACUGGCGACAAGAACACGAAAAAUAAUCCCAGAGGAGCGACAGUGGUUGCUUGCUGUCAAUGGGGCUGUUUGACAAGUUGGCAGGAUGGCUGGGCUUCAAGAAAGAGGUGAAUGUGCUCUGUCUUGGCCUCGACAACAGCGGGAAAACUACCAUCAUCAACAAACUCAAACCGUCUAAUGCUCAGGCACAAGACAUUGUCCCAACCAUUGGUUUCAGCAUAGAGAAGUUCAAGACAUCCAGCCUUUCUUUCACAGUGUUUGACAUGUCAGGCCAAGGCAGAUACAGAAAUCUGUGGGAGCACUACUACAAGGAAGGCCAGGCUGUUAUAUUUGUCAUUGAUAGUGCGGAUAAGCUAAGGAUGGUUGUGGCCAGAGAAGAAUUGGACACGUUAUUAAAUCAUCCUGACAUUAAACACAGGCGAAUUCCCAUCCUGUUCUUGGCUAACAAGAUGGAUGUCAGAGAUGCUCUGUCGUCAGUUAAAGUCUCACAGCUGCUCUGCUUGGACAAUAUCAAGGACAAACCUUGGCACAUCUGUGCUACUGAUGCACUGAAAGGAGAUGGUUUACAGGAGGGAGUUGAAUGGUUACAAGAUCAAAUUAAAUCGAUGAGAACAUGAGGGUGUGAAGCAUCUUUCAUGGAAGAAGUUUUAGUUUGCAGGCCAGACACACAAGGAUGCAUGUGUCAAAGCCAUCAUUCAUCGCAGCUAAUACAUGUGCAGCUUUUGUUCAACAUUUCAGUUUUUGACUAUUCUUGGUUUUCAUUCAUGUUUUUGUAAAGCUUGAACAUGUUCUACUUUUAGGCGCUGUCACUAACUAACCGUUAUCAAACCCCACCAGUUACUUUAAUAAGGAGACUUCAUGUAAAUGUAUCAGUUUUAUUUUUGCCUUAUUUUAUGGCACAACUGAAAGUUAACUUCACAAUCAGCCAGGCUACUUUUCCAAUUAAACUUGGACAUGUGGGGAAAACAUCAGUCUUGUUUUAAAAUAUAUCCAAUCCUAAGCUUGAUUAUCCAUGUUUAGUUUGGUUGAUUAUUGAGUACAAGACAACACACACAGUGUUGCUGUGAUAAAGGUAAAAUACUACACAUCAAUAGUCUUUUCAUUGCUCUUAAACUCAAGACAAUUCUGUUUGAUGGUGCAGUUUGUGUAGCUUUUAGCUCAUUCUCAAUGUCCUCCAUAUAUGUAUUAUGAUUGAGGACAGUGCAAAUUCUGUUCAUGUGUAACUAUUGGUUGCUUUAAAGACAGCAUUUUGUUUGUAAAAUAGCUUUUAUUUAUAAAUGAGUAUAAAACAACCCUCAAAGCAUGAUGUUAGGAUGAUGUAAGAUGAUCAGUGAAUGGUCUUGGUAUGUAUCUUAAGCUGGAUGUAUUUUAUUUCAGUGUAAAUGUUUUCAAAGAAUUAAAAAAACAUUUUUUGGGGAGAAGA